UACCGUUCUCCGCUCCAUCGCCACGCGAUCCGUCCCGUUCGUACGCUCCGCUGACCGCGGAGACCAAGAUCCAGUGACGUUUGUGGUGGUUCGUAUUUCCCGAGCUGCUGGCUUCAAGAAUCAGAAUAAUGGCUGAUAUGCUGAUAGUCUCUCAGCUGGUCAGUUAAUUUCAUUACAGCACGUACCAGUGAUUUUGUUUACUCGUUUUAAUAUUAUCCUCCCACCGACAUCGCAUUUGGUGAAAAGAAAUUGUCAAAUUUCGGUAGUUCCCCCCCCUCCGCCCCCCAGUAUCGACGCCCCCAGGCGUCAAGAGUGGGUCGAGCGAAUAGCCGCUCAGUCGCUUGCCAGCUGUGCCGGGUGAACGUGGCAGUGCACUGUCGGCCGGCGAGCGAGCAUGAGCGAUCUACAGCGAAGUGACAUUCCUUGGAUGGAUGAAAGUGACGAGUGGGGUGCCUCUGCAGCUUCGUCUUUUGUCACGGAGAACGGCGAGGCGACGGUCUUAGUGGGCGUCGUGAUAGCGGUUCUUGCGGCAGUCAUAAUCCUAUUCAUUCUGGCACUGCUCAUCGACUGCAGGACUCGGAAACACGUGUCUCCAGCAAGCAGGAUUAGCGGGAAAACAACCGCGAUACCAAAACGGACAAAGUUCCCCCAGUUUAUCCGAAACAGUGCAACAAACAACGAGAACAUAACAUUUGCAAAUCAAAUGUGUACCGAGAACAGCGCGACGUUACCGGCAGUGCCCGGCAGCGUGGAGAAUUGCUAGCGGGAGCGUGGUGUUGCGACAAGAAACUGGAGCCAACGAUUAUGGUGACUGCACGUGCGCGUAUCAACAGCAAAGCGAAUACUUGCCAGUGCAGGAUGUCAUCACAUUUCUUUCCAUCAAUGGCAAAUACUUCAGCUUACGACCGUGCAUAUGAAUCCUAACCUCAUUUUCUCACCCACUCCACGAAAAGAAACAUCACAUGCUUCCCCAUUCUGUUUCGAGGGUCCAUUAUGGUGGUGGGUUUCCCCAUCUGUUCAAACUCACUGAAUUUUGCAUAUCGUUCCACUAUUUUAUACGUCGCUUACGAUUUCCUGAAAGAUCCCUAGAUGGCAGACACGAUAUGGUGCAGUGACUAACUCUCCUGCUUUGACCUGGGAAAACAGCUAUUCCGGCUGAAAUGUUUCGUGCCAGAUACAAACAAUAUCGUCAGUUUGCAGUCAUAUCCCGGAAGCAAUACCCGGAGUACAUUCAGCGCGCAGUUGUCGUUAAAAUCGAAGUGGUUCGAGCCAAACAGCACCACUCAGAAACAUUCAUCUACAUGCUACUGUGUGUCAUCGACUGUAAAACCUGAUGAAAACGACGACGUCAAACACACUGCCAUACGAAGUUCUUCAAACGCAAGGGCUCGACAACUCUCAUUUUAUGUAGCCUGGUGUAUCAAUCAGAGAAAAUCUAAAGGAUUUCUCCUUCUCAAAAAACUGCACAGAAGAACAUCAAUUCAUCAAUAGGAUUGACAAUGGAGGCAGCAGGGACCUCUGAAACGUCGGCAAACUUCUACCGGACUACACGGCGCGACAUCCCAGAAGACGUCCGUCUUCGUACUGUGCCUGAACUCUUCGUUUGCUCAGAACUGACGCUACUUUAGACAGGGGGAGGAAAUGGAAUUAAAUAUAUUUAUAUUUACAAUUCAUUAAAUUUAUUUGCCACUUCA